AUGUCCGCCGACUUCUGGGCCGGGUACAUCUCCGGCGCCGUCGGGAUCCUUAUUGGCAACCCACUAGAUCUCAUCAAAGUCCGCCUUCAAUCCUCCCCUCAAGCCGCCAUCACAGCCGCGCAUCCCUCGACAUACGCGUCACAAUUCAACAGCACCUCCUCCUUGAUCCGCGGUGCCACCGCUCCAAUUCUCGGAUAUGGAGCUCUCAAUGCGCUGUUGUUCAUGACAUACAACCGUACCACCGCCUUUCUAAGUCCCGGCUACAACCCCGAAUCCCCGGGCCCGGCUACAAAUCUAUAUACCACAUUUAUCGCCGGCGCAGUAGGCGGACUGGCAUCUUGGGUGGUUAGCUCGCCCACGGAGCUUAUCAAGUGCCGCGCACAGGUAUCGAAUACUCCCAUAUCCUCUUUCGCGCUGGCUCGCUCGGUCAUCAGGUCCGAAGGCAUUAAGGGUUUGUAUUAUGGCGGGACAGUGACGGCGCUACGGGACAGCAUUGGAUAUGGGUUCUAUUUUUGGUCGUAUGAGCUUGGUAAGAGGAUAUUAGCAGUACAAAUGGGAGAGGAUAGCUCGCCUCGAGCUGAGGCGGCAAAAUCGCUCCUAUGUGGAGGAAUUGCAGGCGUCGUGACCUGGGCUAGUGUUUUUCCUCUAGAUGUUAUCAAGACGAGGGUGCAGACGCAAACGCUUUCUGCCACUGAGAGGUCGCCGCUGCUUGGUGCAGCGAGAGUGGCCGUGGUGAAGCAAGGUCGGAUAGGCGCUAUAGAGAUGGCUAGACGGAUUUAUAGAGAGGAGGGCGCAGCUGUGUUCUUCCGUGGGUUGGGCGUCUGCAGUGUGCGAGCUUUUAUCGUUAAUGCCGCACAGUGGGCGGUCUAUGAACAGAUUAUGAAGGAGCUAUCUCCUACUCAAACAUUUAAUGGCUCGCAGGAAGGUGUAUAUACCAUAUAG